AUGUUUAAGUUAGUUGUCCUAAUGGGUGCAUUAGCACAAGUUUCCCUCUCUCAAGAAUUUAGCUUAUUUGCUCGUACUUUAGACGGUCAAUAUAAACAUAAUUUAGGUGUAUUCAAUUAUGAUAGCGAUUUACAGGAGAUAACUCCUCUAGUGUCUCCAACAGUAGUAGAUCCUGAAAUUAAACAAGAUGUACCAUAUUGUAUUGAUUCACGUUCAAACGAUCCACAACUACAACAAACCUGUUUCACUUUAACAGAAUUAGAGAAUGAACUACAUUAUAAAUUAGUUUUGAGUGUAGAUACGGAGAAUAAUGACGUUCAAAAGUUUUCUAUGGUAUGGAAUGAAAAUUCGACAUCUAUUGAACCAAUUGUACAGGAUCCAACCUUGGCACCAGUGGCGCCUGCUAUUUUAUUAAAGAAGACAACAAAGACAUAUGCAGAUAAGAAGAAAGAUACAGCUCGUGGUUCAGAACAAUUCAGCAAGGCCACUGAAAAGAAUGAGGAAGAAGUCGAUGAUAGAAAUUAUUUACAAAAGAAUUGGAAACAAUUAUUGAUUGGUUUAGUUAUUUAUAACGUUGUCACUAGUAUAAUUAAACCAGGAGAUGAUAAGAAGAAAAAUUAG